UGUUGACUCUAUAUCCUUUAUAAUUAUUGUACUCUAUGGUUCUGAGUUUACACACAGCUUUGUAAGUUUACCGCGUUGUAAUAUUAUGUUUGUAAUUGAUAACGAUAUUAGUUCUAUUUGUUAAAUUUUAAAAAUUGUUCAACUAAUCCAGUUCUUGUUGACACUUUUACACGUUCAAUAAACACAUGUCAUUUUACUUUUUAAGCCAUGGCAGACACACAGGUCAACAGCACUCUCGGCGAUCUCUUGGAAAGUAUAAAGGAUUAUGAUGUAAACAAGAGGACCUAUGCUGCAAUACUUAAACACUUAGAAGCAGAAAAUCGACUUAAGUCAUCGGAUUUUGAAAAAAUAAUAACACUCUGCUUACAUGAAUACAACAAAAAAAAUAUAUUUGCCAUUUCGAGUUUAAAAAUCUUAUCAAGUCUUUUAAAUAAAAUUGACAAGGAACACAACAAUUCAUCAGGAUUAGUUGCAUUAUUAGCCGCAGUCUUGAAUAAUCUUAAAACAAAUGCCAGUGUUGUUAAAAUUAGUGCUUUAAAAACAUUAUGUUUUGAAAUUGUUUUAUCAUUUCCUGAUAAAUGUUUGAUAACAGCAGUAGAUGAAUAUGCCAAGGAAUUUUAUAUUGUUAUGGAACAAUAUUGCCAGGAAUCAUUGGAUGAACUAGUAGAACAAAUUCUAAUUUUAAUAUUGAAACUGUUAACAAUUUUGCCUGCUGCCAAAAAGAGCAAAUUUAUUAGAGAUGGGAUAAACACCUGGUUUUCAAGCCUCAUACCAACAAUUUUUAACAUAGCAAAAGAAAACUCUUUAGGAUUAAAUGCCGCACUGGAGUUAUUAGGGGUUUUAUCAAAAGAACUUCAACCAGAGGACUACAUUGAAAAUAAACAUUUUAAUAGUUUCCUCUCAGACAUACCUUCACAAUAUGUGCCAAUAAUCUUAAAUAUAUUAAAUGAAGAGCGAGAUCACUGGGCUCCACUGUGGAUUGGCACGGUAAAUCUGUUGAAAGUCAACCUAACGGCUUCCACCCUCAAUGCCUUGUUAAAAGUGGUAGAAAACGCUUUCAAAAAUGACUCAAAGAACAGAUGCUUGGCAUUUGAGUGCUGGAAAUUUUUUAUAGAUAAUUUUUCUUCACAGAGUCAGAGAAUUUUGAACAGAAGAAUUAAGCUUCUCGCGAUUCCGCUUCUUUCUUUCAACGCCAAGUCCGAGGAGAUUGCUUUGGUAAAACUCGACACUUGGUGGCAUUUCAUUGUCAGACUAUGUGGCAAAAGUGACAUUUUAACUGAGUACAUUCAGCCAUUUCUAACAUUCUGCUUUGGAUCUCCGCCGCCGUCGAACCAACCGUCGGCUCCGGGAAUGAUUUCCAGUCGCACUAAGAAGGCGGGCCUCCAAGCUUUGGCUAAUAUUCUCGGGCCCUGCGAUUGCGACUGCUCCGGCGAAUUGGAAAGAUUAGAGACCGCACUCAUCACGGGAGAACGUUUAGUUAAAGAUGACAAAGAUUGGUUAUACUACUUCGGGUUCGCUCUGGACAUUUGCGUGGAAUUGGAAUCGGUAGAAGCGAAGGGGUAUUUAAAAUGUGCUUGGAAAUCGUUUUUACUUAAAAUAUGUGACCUCCCGAGCGAAACGUUCAGAAGAGAAGAAAUGUUCGGUAAACUGUUAGAUGUCUUAGAAAGAUCCCUUCAGAAAUGCUGUUUCAACACUUCCGAAAUAAUAAUCGACGAAUUGAUUCCCGCAAUUUUUGAGCUCGACAAGAGAACGUCUACGAUGCUCAUGGGCAGCGAGAGUGGACUCUUCCGCAGGAUACAAGCCAUCUUGGCGGAUUCUUGCAAUAACAAUUUUUAUUUAAGUUGUAAUAUCGACAAAACGACGGAAAAGAUAGGAGCGUUCACGGAUUACGCCACGGAGAACGGCAGAAGCGUGGGGUUGGAAAAUUUACUCGAAACCCUUCCGAAUUCGGAAUCGGGAGUGCUUUUGUGGACCUGUUACGUGGAAUCCACGAUGAAAUAUAAACAUUUUUCCAACUCUCGAUGGAUCGUCGCCCUAGUGAUGUGGCCGAUCAAGCAAAAUAUUAUUUCACACAUAGAAAAACAUUCAGCGACUUGGAUCAGUUUUUACGAUCUUCUCGAUGAAGAAAACGUAAAAAACGAAUCGAGCACAAAGAUAACUCACUCGGUUAACGAUAAACUGUUGCUGUUCUUGUCGGGAAACAAAUCGGUGAACACGCCGUUGAGGCUGACGAGCAUCGUUUCCUUGAUAAAGCAAGAUUUAAAAGAGAGAGGAACGAGUCCUCGGAAAUCGGAGCAUUUGACCCUGAAAAUUCUGGCGAAGCAGCUGAACGACGAACUUAUCAGUCCCACGAUUUAUUGGCAUUUGCUCGACUGUUUGAAGUUGCUCUUCGACGCGUUCGUGCUUCACAAAGACUCCGUCGACGUGAAAAAGUUGCUGCUCGUCGCGAACACUACUCUGAAAGUGACGCCGAAAAUACUGUCGACCCUCGAAGCCGCAGAUACCGAUUCACUUCAUCGUGUGGAAUUUUUCUUGAAAAGUAUUCAUAGUUUAAUAAAAAUGGACGAAUACUCGAAAUCGAGCGUCAUCAUCGUGGAAGGAAUGAAGCGUGUCGCGUCCUAUAUCGCGAGUCGGCCGUCGGUGCUGUCGAACACCGUGAAACUAAUAUUUUCUUCGUUGAUUUCACACGAAGACAGAGAGAUCAAGAGUCUCGUGAGGAAGAUGUCGCCUGACGUCAACGUCAAAAAGUCGACAACCUCUAAAGACAGUAAAAAGAGUGUCAACAUUGUGAACACGGUCGUCGAAAACGGAGAAGAAUUUGUCCAAAUCGAAAGUAAUUGGAAAUUUAAUCCGAAAAAAUUAACCGAACAUCAGAAGGAAAAAUUGCAAAGGAAGCGAGAAGAUAUUCCGGCGCUGUAUCAAGACUUGUCUCAGUCACAAGACGAAAUCAAACUGAGGACGUGGAAAAAUGAUACCACCGAAACGACCUCUUCCAGUAAAUCCUUCGGUUCCUCCGCAGCCGUCUUCGACGUCACGCGGAGCCCUACGGCCGUUCCCGAAGUGAUAAAAACUAAUGACUCACAGUCGGCCGCGCCUAAAAUUUCGGACAUCUCUAAGGUGACCCCGAAGAUCAAAGACUCCAACUCUUCACGAAUACUUCUCAAAGAUCGCGUGUCUCGAAACGUGAAGAACUUAGCGGACAAAUCUUUUUCGAGCAAAGACAACGUCAGUGAACUUGUGGUGGUCUGUGAAAAGUUGCAGACCAUUAUACCCGCCGUGGCGAAACCCAACUCUGAGAACACGCUCAACUCUGCCGUGUCGGUGGCCUCUUCGACGAAAGAGCAAAUCUGCUCCAACGACAACGUCGCCAAGUCGACGUCGCCUUUGCCGAUCGCGGCCGAACGGCCCUCACGUAAAAGAAAGCCGCCAAAUAAAUAUAUCGAUUCGAAGAUAUUUGUACACAAAAGAAGAUCAAACCAAAACACCAAUUCCGCGGUCGAUACAAUACUGAAUUCUGACCCGUUGCGAAAAAACUCCGACGACAAUUUAAGAUUGGCAGACGAAGCUUCCCGUUUUAGCAAUAACGACUCGCCGAUCAAAACCGAAGACGUGCCCAAUAGAGACAAGAAAGAGGUCACCACUCCGAAAACUGUUAACCAGAAAAACGCAAAGGAAAGCGGCUCAAAGUCAUUUAAAAGAAGUGGCUCAAAGGAAUCACGCAUUAAAAAGCUUUUGGCUAUAGAUAUGGUGAAACCGACGGUUUUGAUCGUACGAAUCGAUGACGGCUGUUACGCCACGAGGAACAAAUCCAAAAUGACCCCGGCCAAGUGCAUCGACGUCGAUGCUGCUAAGGAAUGUCGGCCGGCCCCUGACUCCGCGUCCCAAGACAUCAUCGAGAGCUCGCAAGACUCUUCGGUCACGGCCGUAUCGGUCGUUUCGACGAAAAACAGCACGAACAGAGCGACGGUGUCUUCUCAUAACAAAGAUAUUUCGGAUUUCCCGGACAGCUUCGAAGACACCUUGUUACUGAGCCACAAAGUGUACGAUAGCGUAUUACCCGAAAACGAUACCGUACUUCGACCCAACCUUUCGGCGGAUGAAGCGGACUUCGAAGUCUUCGACGCGCAGACCGAUUUAACGGAAGCUUUAGACACGGAACCCACGAAUACACAGUAUUGUGCACAAAUUGACGACGGAUGUGGCUCCUCCGAAACUAAUCACUGUUUAGAAUCGAGUACGCAGUGUGUUGCAGAUGCCGACACUAGACCCGUAAAUUUUACGAUUGACAUAGUCAAAGAGGAAGUCAACGAUUCGUUUUCUAAAGAAAAUGAAUUCACGAAAAUGUGCCGCUCGAAGCCCACGAAACACGUCGAAGCGUCGAACGCUCCACUCGUGACUUCCGUCGACGCACGACCGACGGUUGUGUCGACCGAAACGACCGAGAGACGAGACGAGGCCUCUUCUCCCCUCAAAGAUGACGAGCGGAGGAGAAGGGACUUUCUCGACGACACUUUAGAAAUAUCUCCGAUCAGGACGAUGAGUCCUCUGAUGCGCGAGAGGACGCCUUCGCCGGAGACGAGCGGUGAUUACGUAGUCGUUAAUCUAACGUCCUCGGUCCUGCUCAACGGAGAACCCGCGGAUGCGGUCGAUUCCCCUGAAGUUUUCACGGAGGACAAUACGGAAGUGAGAGAUCUGUCGCCUCCCAGAGGGGAGCCGGCCGGGGGCGAGGGCGUCUCCGGCUCGGGACCGUCUCUGAAGAGAAAGCCGCGAGUGCGGCCGGCCGGAAGGGCGGCGCACAUGCUGGGCCUCUGCGUCGACAACGGAGACGAUCUCUCGCCGGACGAGACGACGAGAUCGACGAUGAGGAAUCUCAAGAGGACCACGGACGUCGGCAGCUCCGACGAGGCUGACGACGGCGAACCCUUUCUGCGGCUGGGGCGCGUCCUGCCCGCCGUCGACAGCAGCCCCUGCGGCCCCAUUCUCAAGAGAAAGCACGCCGUCAUCGCCGAGGACUCCACGCCGUCCCCCGCCGGCAAGAGAAAACGCGUGAGCUUCCACGAUCCCCCGGUGUCCACGUCGGUCUGCGUGAAGAAGUACAUCGACCCCUGCGCGCUCCGCUCCCCUCAGUGCUCCGCGCCCCGACGGCCGGAUAGACCGGACGGGUCGCUCCUCCGCCCCCUCGCCCAGACGGCCGCGUCUCAGAGGCGGCUCGACAAGAUUCUCGCCAAAACCGUCGAGAGCAUUCUGUCGGGGUCGCCCGACGUCCCCGACUCGCCCUCGGGUCCGUCGCCGACGGCCGAGGUCGACCCGAGCGACCUCGACGACCGCGACCCUACGUCGGCCCGAUUGACCGAAUGCGAAGACUCCGUCCGGAACGUAGCCUCGGAUCCGUCCUCGCCUCCUCUGCGGACCGAUGCGGGGGGCGACGGGCCGGCCGUCGAGAGGCCGCAUCGGCACCCUUCGGAGGUCGAGUCGCGGAAGACCGACGCGGGAACGCAGAGCGACGUACCCGAGAUCUCCUCGGUCUCCUCUCAGACCGACGGAGAGACGGAACGGGGCGGGAAUCCCAUGAGAGAGAGCGACGUGGCCGAAUACUUGAGUGCGAAUCCCAACGUCGCGCUGGCCCUGGACGAGAGAGGCCUGGAGGCCUUGAGCGCGGCCUUCGUCCGGAGAUUGCUGCGAGACGAAGGGAAAAUGGCAGCGUUCGUGGUCACUUUGCUCCGGGAAAGGUUCGAGACGAAAGACGCCAUCGCCUAUUGGUGUAAUAUCUUGAAGACGAUCACCGACACUCCUUAGUCGUUGGACUUUGAGGAUUCGGCCGAUUUUAUUAUUUCUCAUUCGCGUCUCAGAUCGAGAUUUCUCUUUUAUGGCUCCAAUAAAACGAAUAUUAAACUUUUAUAUUAACUUUAAUAUUAAAAUAAUGUAUUUACAGUUUUCAGUCGUCGGUCGACGCCCUUGAGGUGUAGACGUUUGGGAACAGUUUUUAUAUAAAAUGCAGGGAAUUUUAUAAAUCAAUCCCGUUUCGUGCGGUGCCUUAAUACUUACGGAUCAAAGAUACAUGGCAUCGAAAUCUAUCACAAAAUAUCAACCUUUAAAGUAUAUACAAAAUCGAAAUAACGACGUCACGACGGACCCACCGAGAAAUAUAUUGUAAUAAUAUAGCAACUGUAUGGGUUUUUAUGAAAAUAAUAUUGUAAAUAUUUAAAUGUACGUGAGUUGACUUUCGGUCUGAAGUUCUGGACUCGGCCUUCUCUUUUAGUUAAUGGUUUGCGAACGCGACCGGUACGUCGAUGACAUAGAUUAAGGAACUGAUUGACGAAAUAAAUUAUACAAUUGA